UAUAUCGCGUCCUAUCUGCGCAGCUACGGUGCUCAGACCAGGACCGGACAGCUCUUCAACAUGGCAACGGUCCAUGCUCCGGACUGCGGCGAGUGGUCCGUCUACGCCCACGGCACCGCGCUGGCCCUCGCCAAGUACAUCGACAACACGGUCAACAGCAGCGUGCUCUUUGCCGACAUCGCCAACACUAUCGACGGCGGCGCCAGUGCCACGGCUGACCAGCAAGCUACGUCUCUCAUCGGCUGCGGCACCAGACGCGGCUCGUUCGGCGUUCAGGUGAACGCCUCGGCCCCAGCAUACAAAGCCUCAACCUACCCGGCGGGAUAUACCCCGGAUGGCAUCCUCAUCAAAAUUGUGGCAUCAGGAGCGUAG